AUGUGCGGGUCCCACGCGGGUGGGGCCCGUCACUUAUCCACGCUGGACCGGGCGGGGGUCAAUGUCGUGCGGCUGACUGGUGGGGCCCGCGGGGAGAGGCGGGGCUCGCCUGGCCAGCUGGACGGGGGUCUUCCUCUUCCUCUCGCCUCCCCGACAGAACAUGGGAGAGGCUGGGGAGGGCACAGCGCCGGCGAUGGGCCGGCCGGCUCCGGCCACUUCCGGUCGAGACGAGGCCAGCGGACGGCGCGGGACGGAGUGCCGCUCCCGCCUGGAGCAGCAGUGGCGCCGGAGAGGGAGCGGGGCCACAGCGACGGGAGGAGGCAGGGACGGAAGGCGGCGGCCGUUCUCGAGGGACACGGCCCUGGAGGGGCUCCGGCAAGAAUGGCGGUGAGGGGAAGGGUCUCCGGCGUGUGGGGAAAAGCUCGUGGAGAGCUAGGCAAACGCGGGGCCGGCUCGGGUGACGGUGACGUGCGGGUCCCAUGCGGGUGGGGCCCGUCACUUAUCCACGCUGGGCCGGGCGGGGUUAACGCCGUGCGGCUGACUGGUGGGGCCCGCGGGGAGAGGCGGGGCCCGCCUGGCCAGCUGGACGGGGGUCUUCCUCUUCCUCUCGCCUCCCCGACAGAGCAGGGGAGAGGCAGGGGAGGGCACAGCGCCGGCGAUGGGCCGGCCGGCUCCGGCCACUUACGGUCGAGACGAGGCCAGCGGACAGCGCGGGGCGGAGUGCCGCUCCCGCCUGGAGCAGCAGUGGCGCCGUAG